GACUUUGACUUGACUAAAAUAUUCUUUUAUUUUGAGCACUCUCCUUAUAAACAAAAUUAACAACUUUCUCUUUCUUUCUCACUUUCUUCCUUUUUUGUUACAAUCUUAAGUCUUUCCUUAUUUCCAACUAUCGAACCAUGGAAGUCGUUCUUGAGCCUGUCGUCUCCGAACUCGUUAAGGGGUUGCUUAAGAUAUUGGGGUCCAAUGAAGUGCGAGACUUUGCCCGGCAGCUUGUUGGAGGGGUAGAUUCAGAGAUCAAAGAGCUGGAGAACAAGUUAAAGAUGGUUGAAAACCUUCUUCGCAAUGCUGAAAACUGGCAGCUGGUGGAUGAACGAGUCAAAGAAUGGCUUGACAAUCUUCAACACUGGGCUUAUGAUGCAGAGGACUUACUGGAUGAGUUUGCCUACGAAGCUUUGCGACACAAACGCAAGGCAGAACACCAGGCUAGCUCCAGCAGAGGAUUUAGCUGUCUCCCUGCUCCUUUCUCUGGUCCUUUUUUCGCUGCCCAGAUGGGGCCCAAGAUCAAAAAAAUCACUAGCCGGUUGGAUAAACUUCGCCAUCAAAGAUCAGCUGAACGUGAAUUUCAAGAGCUUCCUGGACUGCAACAACGAUGGGAAAGUGUAAGCUCCCGAUUUGAACGGGGUUUUUCUGGCAGAAAUGAAGAGAAAGCUGAACUAUUGGAAAUGGUGAAAAAUGGAGCUAACUUUCAAGUAAUAGCAGUUGUCGGCAUGGGAGGGAUCGGCAAAACAACAAUUGCUGGAGAAGUGUACCUGCACGAGUCGGAAGAUUUCAAGUUUGAGAAAAAAGCGUGGGCGCAUGUUUCAACCACCUUUGACGUUCUCAAAAUCUCACAGGCACUUCUUGCGAACUUCUCGUUCUCUGUUCCAAAUAAUUUAAAUGCAGUGCAAGUUGAGUUGAGCGAGGCAGUAAGGGGAAAGCAAUUCUUGGUAGUAUUAGACGAUAUUUGGCAGGUGGAAUACGACGAAUGGGAAAAGCUUACGUGUCCUUUCAGAGCUGGUGCACCUGGAAGCACAAUGAUCGUGACAACUCGCCAUACAGAUGUUGCACAAACAAUAGGAUGCUCUCAUACUUAUCCAUUGAAGCUUUUUUCCGACGAAGCUUGUAAGUCCUUGUUUGAGAAGCACGCAUUUGGGACUGGUGCAGCUGCUGUUCCUAAUCAAAUUUCGAAUUCAAUUUACAAGAGAGUUGUUGAAAGGUGUGGCGGCCUACCACUGGCAGCAAAGACCCUCGGUUGUCUUCUACGCUUUAAGCCAAGUGAUACGUGGGAAGAUAUAUUGGAAAGCAAAAUAUGGAGUACAUAUGAUGAAAGUGAUCACAUUCUCUCAACAUUAAAGAUAAGCUAUCAUUAUCUUCCCCUGAAUCUAAAAAGAUGUUUUGGCUAUUGCGCAAUUUUUCCUAAGAAAUACCAAUUUGAGGAGAAGGAACUUGCCCUUUUAUGGAUUGCAGAAGGUUUUGUUCACCCAUCUCAUAAGCAACUGGAUGAGGCAAGUGAUUGUUUUAAAAAAUUAUGUUCAAGGUCCCUUUUCCAACAAUUGAAUAGUCAUAGUUUGAAAUAUGUUAUGCAUGAUCUUGUUCAUGAUCUAGCUCAAUCGGUUUUUAAAGAAAUCGGUUUUAGAUCUGAGCAAAAUAUUGUUGAGCUGCCAGAAAAAUUCAAAGAGGUUCGUCAUUAUACUUAUGAACCUAAUGUUUAUACUGAAAAUAAAUUUGAAGCCUUGGAAAAAGCAAAAAGUCUAAGAACAUUUGUACAUGUGAGGCAUGGAGAUCGAGGUUUUCAAAUAAGUGAUGUUGUUAUCUCUAAUUUGUUGCUAAAGUUAAAAAUGUUGAGAGUACUAUCUUUUGAAGGAUACAACAUCAUUUGUUUACCUGUUUCAGUUGGAUAAAUGAUACAUUUAAGGUAUCUUAAUUUAUCUAAUACUAGGAUAAAAAGUUUGCCUGAGUCAACAGGCCAAUUACUUUACUUGCAAACUUUGUUAUUAAAAGAUUGUUCUGAUCUCAUUGAGUUGCCUUUUAACAUGAGAUAUUUGAUCAAUCUAUGUCAUCUUGAUAUAAGUGGUGGAAAUUUAUUGAAACAUAUGCCAGUUGGAAUUGAAGAGUUGAAAAGUCUUCAAAUUAUUGAGGAUAAGAAAGAGGGUCUUAUUGGCGCAACAAUUAGUUGAGAUUAGUUGCCUGGAAAGCUUGAGAUUAGUUGGUGCAGGAAGCUAACAUUUAUUGGUAACAACGCCCUAUCUUUAUCUCUAAAAAGGCUUAGGAUUGAAUUUUGUGGAGAAUUGAAAAUUUUGAAGGAUUUGAGUGUUUCUCUUCUUGAGUACUUAGAGAUUUCUGGGUGUGAUUCUCUCAAUUGCAUAUCAUUAGAUGAUUCGUUGCCUGAGACACUAAACCCACUAGUAGAAAUAAGUACUUCCUUAUGGCGCUUACAUCCAUCUAUCCAUGCAAACCCUGCCAUCCUCACAAAAAACAAUGGAAAAGUGAAGAAGUAUUCCUCAAAUUCCCGAAGUUGUGAUAGAUGGCAAAUUCAUCUACAAUUCAAAGGAGUCAGACGCAGUUAAUUUUUUCAGAUUUCACAAGCUCAGAUACCACAAAUUUCAUCGAAGGUUUGUAAAACAUCUUCUUGAUAGCUCUACUAUUGUCCAGGUUUUUAUGUAACACAACAUUUUUCUUUAAUAUUGAAGUUAAUAAUCUCAUUUGAACUUUGGCAGCUGAUCGUCAACAAGAAUCUCUCAAUUUUAGUUUGUCCAAGUAAUUCAUUUAUCAUGAAUCAACUCAACAUAAUACCUUGUAUCUCAAAUUCUAAUCCAACUUUUCUAAUUUCAUAAAUUUAUUUGUAACUGAAGAAACUUUUAGCUUAGGAAAAAAUCCAAUUUUUGGAAUUCUAAAUAAAGCAAAUUCUUCAUGUUCUUGAUUUUUCAAUUCCUGAGAGGAUCUUUCAGCAAUAGAUUAAUUAAUGUUAUGAUUAGUUUUUUUUGUGAGUUUUGAAUUCAGGGGAGGAACAUUUAGAGGCAGAAGUUGAAAUAUUUUCCUUCGAAUUGAUUGAAGCUUAUCUGGUUCAAGUUAGGACCCCUAUGCUUACACUCAGAGCUGCAAGAAUCAUUGGAAAGGCUUAAAAUUUUACUUCUCUAACUUCAUGUAUAUCUACUUCAAUGGAGUAGUGUGUCACCUUGGAUGAAAGACUCAAAUAAAACCUCCAACUCAUGUCAUUUCUGCAGCAGCAUGUGCUCAAUUCCUAUGGUGGGUUAUUGAAUAACUGAUUAGAUGACAUUAUUGCUUCUACAAUUCAGGGCAAGAACAUGUAGGGUUAUCAGAUUGGUUGACUAGAACAAAAUUCUGAAUUGUCAACAAGAUUCUCAAAUUGGAGGUUUUUAAGCAAGAAGCAAGUGAAAUAUUGCUCUAGUUUCAGUAGAUUAACAGAGUACUUACAAAUUGAAAGUAGUUCCUCUGUGCUUUCAAGGUCAUCAAAAGUGUCACGGUCUCCAACUUAACAUAAGCAACUGUUAGAACCUAGCUCCUGGCUUCAGGUUUGGAGCUUUGGAAACCUUGCUGAAAUUACAAUACAGAGAUUGUAUCUUCUAGCUGUUGCAACGGUUAAUCAAGCUGCAUUUUUCUGCUUGAUCCCUACACUUAAAUUAACAUUGCAGAGAGAUCGUUGUAGGGCUUAAAGUUUUCCUCCUCCAACUUCAUGUAAGCAUAUUUAAACUUUCAACAAGAUCAAAAGUUAUUUCUACUUCACACAUCUAAUUGCAUAUUAUGUACCCCACUCUUGGAUUUGCAUAUGGCGUCCACCAAAUGGUGAGAAAAACUAAGUGAUGGACCUCUAUAUAUCCUGCUAAAGUAGUACAACCAAUCAAUUUUCACCUAACAAAGCACAUGAGAUAUUCUUUUUUGAUCCUUUUACUUUUACGUACUUUUAUUCUUACAUUUUCCCACUGUCAUUGCACUUUUAUUCUAGAAAAGCAUUUCUCCUUAAUUUGAAUGUUUUAAUAUUCAAGAUGAAUCCUAAAAGAGUUUCAAGAUGAAACCCACACAACUUUAGGGGAGUUACGUGUCACCUUGGAUGAAAGACACAAAUAAGAAGUUCAAGUUAUAAGAUUUAUGCAGUAGCUUGUGAGCAAUCACUUUCUAUGGUGAAAUUGCGAGAGUUAAAAUCUCUAAAAUCACAUCUCACAAACUUUGGAGAUUAGAAGAUGCCUUGCUGAUAUAAUUUACCAGAAAAGGCGUGCUAGAUUUGAUAAGUUCCAGUCCUGAACUAAGCAGUCUCACAUCCCUUAAGGAAAACAAAACAAGAUAUCUCCUUGAGCAAAUGGAUGAAAUUAAAAAAAAUUUCAUCACUUAAGAAAUAUGUGAUCUAGUUGCAAGGUUUAAAAAUUAAGUAUGCUAUCAACAACACGGCUAUAGAAAUGGAGAAACAAUGAGGAGUUUUGAAGAAUAAACCACUAGAUCAUUGUUUCACAAACUUGGGCCACAUCGUGUCGCCAUGGCAUUGUAAACUUAUUAUGAUGAUAAGAGGAAUGUGAAGCUGGCAGGGCAGCAACAUAGGCAAAGGAAAUUUGUUGAAACAACAUGUGAUCGGUUCUGACAGUGAUGAUCCAGGCACACAGUCGGAAAAUUUAAGUUCACUAACACCAAACAGCUAGCGACUUGGAGAAAAUCUAAAGAUGGUUAAGGCCACAAUGGUAGAGUGUUACAGGCCAGGAGUUCUGCCUUGAAGCUGCUUUUCAAGGCUGCUGGAGUUUUGCCUUAAAGCUGCUCUUCACUACUGCUGGAUUAGUGGUAUCAUGAUGUUUGCUUGAGAUUUUAAUGUGUUUAGGGAUGAAAUAGAUGCUGAAGAUGUGGUGCUGGGAUGGCUCAUCCUGGCUGCUGCACUCCUGUUACUGGACUAGUACUGGAACAAGAAUCUGGAAUGUAUGUAUCAUAGCUACUGUUGUAUUGAAUGAUAAAUGUACUCAAAUAUCGUAACAAUAUUUGUAAACUGAUACUAGUAUUGAAAAGAUGUUCUAGAAUUACAAUAAAAGUUCAAAUGAUCUA